CGCCGCCGCCGCCGCCGCCGCAUCAGAGCAACCACCGGGGCGCGCCGGGCGAUGCCGCGCCGGGCCCGGGGCCGUCGCCGGGGCCCCCCCACCGCCGCCGCCACCGCCGCCGCCGCCCGGCGCCCCGGGGAACCGCCCGAGGAUGGUUCCCCCACCACCUGUCAGCAAGCCCCACGUGUGCCUCUCCACUGUGCUCAUCAUGACCAGCCUCAUCCUCAUGGAUGCCUACCUGGUGGAGCAGAGCCAGGGCUCCAGAAAGCUGGGCAUCUGCGUCAUGGUGGCAGUGGGUGACGUAUGCUUCCUGCUGGUGCUCCGCUAUGUGGCCAUCUGGGUCGGGGCGGAGGUAAAGACAGCUAAGCGGGGCUACGCCAUGAUCCUCUGGUUCCUGUAUGUCUUCGUUCUGGAGAUCAAAGUCUACUUUGUGUACCAGAACUAUAAAGCUGACCGGAAAAGCCUGGAUCUCAUAGCCCGCAAAGCGCUGACCUUGCUGCUCUCCAUCUGCAUCCCAGCCCUCUACGUGUUGUUGGUGGCCACGGAGCACAUGGAGUAUGUCAGGACAUUCAAGAAGAAAGAAGAUCUCCGCAACCGCCUCUUCUGGGUCAUUGUGGACAUGCUGGACGUGCUGGACAUCCAGGCCAACCUGUGGGAGCCCCAGAAGAAGGGGCUGCCACUCUGGGCUGAGGGCAUCAUGUUCUUCUACUGCUACAUCUUGCUCCUGGUCCUCCCUUGCGUGUCCCUCUGUGAGAUCAGCAUGCAAGGGAUUGGCAUCAUGCCGCACCGGAUGAUGCUGUACCCCAUGCUGAGCAUGCUCACUGUCAACAUCACCACCAUCUUCAUCCGAGGCAGCAACAUGGUCUUUUUCAGGGACGCCCGGGUCUCCAGCAUCUUCAUGGGCAAGAACAUGCUGGCCAUCGGGUUGAAGGUCUGUACGUUUGUGCAGUACCAGCGGCACCGGCACCACGCGGCCCUGGGGCCGGACCUGGCCCUGCAGCACAGCGCCCAGGCCCAGCCCUCCCCAGGGCUGCACAAAUCCCGGGACCACCCUGCCUGCCCGGAGGAGCUGGCCCAGGACAAUACGUGACAAGCCAGCAGGAGCCACAGGCUGGGCACCGCCACGUCUGGCCGUACCUGCAAACCCAAGGCGGGUGGCUGAGCUCCCCGCGUGGACAGAGGGCAAUGACCCUGCUCCCUUCCUCCCUGGGUGAAGCUGCUCCGGUCCCCGAGGGUCGCAUGGCGAGGGACCCCCCCCCCAAUAGCAGCCUCCUUAAGGCCGCAGAGCAGUUCGGGACCUCAACACCCUGCUGAGUGAGAUGGGCAGCGGAGCCGAGGAGGAGGAGGAGGAGGCCAGGUUUGCCUACUGCACGCCGCGUCUGGCUGGGGCCAGGCAGCCCUACCUUGCGCCGGGCUCCCCCCAUCAGUGCUCCCCCACGCAGCACUGCCCUCCGGCCAGCCAGGGCUCAGGCUUGGGGCGGGGGGGGCUGCAUGGGGACACUGCACGUCACCCGCUCCGCUGUGGUGGUUGGCCCUGGCUCCAGCUUGGUGCUUGGCAGCAGCCUGCUCCCCGCUGCGUGAACCGGGGGUCCCCGUGCCGGGGGAGCAAGGCCUGGGCCUCCCCCCACCUGUCACCCCUCUCAGCCAGCUGCAGGCCUGGGGGGCACCCAGAGGGGAUGACUGUCCUUUUUCCUAUCUUCCCUCUUUGCAAUAAAAGACCUGAGCCCUGCA